UUUAUUAUUUCACGAUAAAUCACUGUAUUCCCAAGUGCAAAUCAUAUGUUGCAAUGGGCGUACUGGGACUACUGGGUUAUAUACAUAACCUGACGUGACUAUAGCUAAGGUGUUGUUUACUUGGGCGAUACCGGCUGUAAACUAUUGCCAGCACUUUUGCCACAGUCAUUUCUUGCAUUUAUUCAGAAACAACGAAAUGUCUAACAAUUACUCUUCACAAGUUCAAGAUGGAAAAAAUGCUAAGUCAAUUAAAUGCAAAUAUUGCACAUCAGUUAUGCUAAAACCUGCUGCAGCCAACUUUGAAGAAGGAGAGCAUGAACUACCUACAAUAACACAAAAUGUGAAGAGUGCCUCAACAAUAACUGAAACAGUAACUGCCUUCUGGAAAGUGGAUGAUAUGUUCACAUUUGAUAAUAUUGGUUUUUCCAAUACCGUAGGAACAACAAAAUAUUUAGCUUGUGCUGAUUGUGAUGCAGGGCCUGUGGGCUAUCAUGACCUAAACACCAAAAUUAGUUAUGUUGCAUUAUGUCGCAUUGAAUAUGUAUAGAUAUGAAUUCCUUACAUUUUUGUAAUAUUAAAAUCAUUAUUAACAUUUAAUAAACCUCCUAAGCAAA